UAUGUGUUUUAAAUGCGAAGAAGAUAACAGUUGAAAUAGUUUAAAAUGUGAAAUGUUUGUAUGAAAUGUGAUUUUGAUGGUUAAUAAAUUAUUACUAUGGCAUUUGUGUGAUUGUGACGUUGAUGUAAUGAAAAUGGUCGUGCUGCUACUACUGGCCAUGUUUGUUGCACGCAGCGUGCCACACACGAUCACGCUGCUUGAGGUGCCGCUGUGGGCUGACCCGCGGCGCGAGGCUGAGCUGCGCUGCCAUUACGCGCGUCAGCCGCACGACCCGCCGCUGCACUCCGUCAAGUGGUACCGAGACAACAACGAGAUAUUCAGAUACACCCCACAAGAGCUGGAAAGUCGUGCGUUCAACAACAGCGAGGUGACUAUCAGCAACAGUUCGUGUUCGCUGAGCGCGUGCGUGGUGUCGGUACGACCGGAGCGCGGCGGCGCACGCUACACCUGUGAGGUCUCCAGCGAGGGGCCACGCUUCGCUGUUGACAAGCGAUCCGCCAACAUGACAUUAGCCGUGCUGCCGGAGUACGACCCUUUGAUCACUGGGCUACCAACGCUGGUGCAAGCGGGGGAGACUGCUCUCGUCAACUGCACCUCCGACUACUCACUGCCGGCUGCAGAGAUCGACUGGUUUGUCGACUCCGAGCCGCAGGAGGACCCGUUGAUAACGGGCGUAACACACGUGUCCGGGGCUGACGGGGACGGGUUACGUGCGUCGUGGCGCACGCUACACGUGUUCCCCGAGGACUACGCCACGCCGCGGGGCUACCUGUCGUUGCGAUGCCGGGCCACGUUACCCACGCGACCGCCGCAUGUGCGUAGCAUGGCCGUGCGCCUAUACGUCGCGGCACGCCCGCACAUAUCAUCCUAUAUGUUUAGUAAAAAUAAUGCGGUGGCAGAGGGCGCUUCUGUGAGGUAUCAGAGGGAGAUGUUUGUUUGGACAUUAUUACUUCUGCUCGGGAGACAAGUGCCUUUGUUACUCAAAUGAAAUUUGGAGCUGUUUAGGGAAUAAAGUGAGACGAAUAUAAAUUAAUGUCACAAAAGUUACAAAGGACAGGGAAAGUUAUAUUAUAGAUGUUUAAUUAAUAACUGUCACACUAAGGGUAGUUAAAGGGAGACACUUA